UGGACAAAGAGGUUGCCUUGCUAACACAGGACUAUCUUUCUGGUCGUCAACUCAACCGUCAUCAGCUCAUCUUUCUUGCCAUGGUUACUUACGCAAACCCGGUCGAUGCCCUCAAGUAUUACGAGUAUUGCUACAAGACAGAUUUUUGACAGAACAGGCGCUUCGGCGAACACAAUAUCCUGAGCCACCUGGCUCGCUUCGAUCCCAUGCCUGCUCCCAAACCCGCUAGACCUCCACCCAGGUCGGCACCAAGAGCACCUAAGAUAUCCGCUCCGAUGAAUGCUCCCAAAGGACCUAGAAAGGCACCAAAAUCAGCUCGUAACUUUCGAAACAGACGCAGACCUGUCCGCGAUCAACCCGACGGCCUCAAGGCAUCUGGUGUUGAGAUCAUGAGGAGCUUCCGCAAGGCUCGCAAUGCCAUGGCCAAAGCUGCCGACCGUGGACACGAUGUCAUUCCAGUCUUGAUCGACUGCUUUGCAGACACAGUACAGAGAAGAUCUGCACAACGUCCAAGUAGGGACGAGUUGAACCGACUAUGCGAGGUAGCCUACGAGGUGCUCGAGAGAGAGUACAUGACUGGAGGUACCCGAGACAUCGUGGAGCUUGUCAUGAUGCUUGCUCCCCAGGCUCGAUACGGCAGAGCCCCAUCGCACUUCCAUCCAUACGUCAACAACCCUACCGGGGCAUUUUACGGUAUUCGCUCCAGAUAUAUGAGGUCUGCAGUGAAUCAGGUCAAAAUGCUGUACGGCAAGGAGGCCAAGACGGGAUCGCAACCCUCUCACUCUCUGGCUCGAGAUGUGAAGAAGGCGGAGUACCGAUUGGCAGAUUUGAUCGGCUGGUACGCCAGAUUAGAUGGUUCAAUGAACAAGGAGGAGUACGAAUUCUUGCGCACGGUGUUUCCUCACCGCAUGUUCGAAGAUGCUGCGGAGUAUGAUCUGAUCAAUACUGGAAGGCUUGAUGUAUUGCUUCUGUUGGGAAGAUGGGUCUGAUCCAAUAUUGUGGAUCUCGAAUGCAUGGGAAACUGUGUACGAUGAGGCUGGCUGGUGCCGAUGGAGGAGAAUACCAGAGAAGGCCAAUACAGAGUUAUGGCUAAGGGUGGUGUUUGUGAAGGGGUAUUUCGGGAGCGUACAUUACUCGAUGAUACUGGCUGGCUUAUCAGAGUCGGCAUACAAGAGACAGAUAUUAGCUACGAGAUUACAACUGCAUGCUGAUAUGAACAAGCGGC